AAUCAAUAGUAAUAAAGAAAACGACAUUUUUGUUUUGAAUUUUGCGCUAACGUGAAUCUAAUAUUUGAUAUUUAUGUUUUGUUUUUAUCGCUGAUACUUUUUGUAAGUUGAAAAUUCAAUGAUGGAUAGUUCGUUUUUUGAAUAUCGCGACCAAACGGCCGUAGGGAGUGAUUCCGACAGUGAAAUUAUUGAUAAUAGCUUCACCCCGUCUUUCACUCCAAAAACCCCAGGAAAGAAAAAUCAAACUGUGGUACCUGAAUCUGAUGAAUACACCGAAGAUGAAUCAGAGAAAGAGAAUACUCCUGCAAAUGUAUCCAAACCGGUGAACAGAAAGAGCAAUUUGAUGGUGCCACAUAUAGUAUUAAGUAGUGACGAUGACAGAAGCAAUAGAGGCAGCAUUAGAAGACAGUCAAAUUUUUCAAAUAAUGUAGUUAUUUCUUCAGAUGAAGAAGAAACAGACCAAAUGUCCCCAGAAAUAAUACCAAAACGUCCCCCAGUUAAGCCCUCUCCAAGAUCCUCCAGUUCUUUUAUUGGAAGAAAAAAAAAGAGAAUCGUGGCCCUCUUAGAUUCUGAAUCAGACAAUUCGUUUGUCAAAGAACAUUCACGAAAGAAAAAAUGUAUAAAAGACAGUCCGGUAAAGAUUGACAGUCUACGAAAAAAAGUUAUUCGUAAUAUACAGAAUAUGAGUAUACAAAGUGAUAUUGUUGUAAGUGACAAUGACGACGAUGAUCAAUCUGAUGACGAAAGUCAGUAUGAUGAGAAUGAAUCACAAGCCAGUGAAUCAGAAAAUGAUUGUGAACAAAAUACCAAAGAUAAAGACAAAUGUCACAAUAGUGAUAAUAAUAUGAAGAAUUUCAAAUUAGUGCUAAGUGACAACAGUGAUACUUCUCUGAAUGAAGUCAGUGACAGUGAUGAACAUGAUCACAAAAAUAAAGACAAUAGUGACGACAAUAAAAAACAAUCAGAUCAAAGUGAUGCUAUAGAGCCUUCAAUAAAUGAAGGUAACGAUAUUGAACAAAGUGACAAAGAAUCUUCUAGAAAAGAAAGCAGUUUGGAGAAUGAAAAAGAUGAUACUGCCUUAUCACAUGAACUAUCAAGUGGUAAGAAAAGCAUCAACUCAAGUGACGAUGGUCUAGAAGAGGAACAGAUGGUAAUGUCGCGUGCUACUCGAAUGAGUAUCAUGGGAGUGAUACCUAAAGAUAAUGAAAGCGACGAUUCAGACUAUAUUGAGUCUGAUAAUACAAACCAUUCGUCCCGAGCAAGUUCAAUAGGAGACUUGCGCCAAUCAGAUAUUGAGAGACAUACUGUCCCAGAAGAAACUACGAAAACAAACAAUGUAGAUUGUUCUAGAACAAGCUUACCUAUGCCCAGCUCUGAACACAAUGAAACUGACAAUUCAUCAACUAAAAAUGAUUCAAAAGUCUCAAAUAGUAACCUGUACAGCCCUGAAAUAUGUAAUUUGAAAACCAAAAUGCUGGGUAGUGUGAAAAAAGAAGCUAAAUCGUACAAAGAAAGUGUCAUAGAUGAUGAUGUGACAAUAAUAGACAAGGAACCUGAGAUAAUUGCACUGAGCAGUGAUGAUGAAUUUGAGGAGAAAUCAGAACAAAAAUCUCCUAAGGAUAAGAAAUUGGGGUCCAAAGAUGGCUUUACAAAUCAGUUGCAAGGCAACACCAUCAAGCAAUACCUGGCACCCCCCAGUUAUCCAAACCAGAACAUUGUCUACGUCAAGAAGCAAGUCAGGGAAAAUGAACUCCAGAAACUCAACGGGCUCAGAGAGGACUUGCAGAAUGUUAGGUACUUAAUGGACAAUAUGGAUGUCUCUACGCUGCCGGACCAUGGCGCGAAGCUCAUGGAGCGGCUCAACACGCUAGAGCGUGACGUACAGCGGCAGGGGGACAAAGUCGCCAACAUGAUCGUCGAGCCAGAGAUGCCUACCAUAGAAGAUAUAGCCAGAGACGGGUUUGCCUCAGCCUCAGACAGAGGCCUCACUUGGGAUGACAUUCAGAAGGCCAGCAAUGCUGUGCAGCCGAGGAUGUUUGGCAAACAAGCAAUGUCCACCCACGUGGCCGAACGCAACGUGAUCCUGGACCGUUUGCGCGAUCUGUACGAGUCUCUCGCGUCGCGGCCUAAAGAGAACUCGCUCGCGAAACAGCCGGCCGGCGUGAAGACCGAGCUGAUGGAGCACCAGCUGCACGCGCUCGCCUGGCUGCGCUGGCGGGAGACACAGCGACCUUCGGGCGGCGUGCUGGCGGACGACAUGGGCCUGGGGAAGACCAUCACUAUGAUAUCGCUUAUAGUCGCCGACAAGGAAGGCACCAUCGAUGAUGAUGAAGAUGACGACGAACCAAUAAACGCAAGACUGACUAGAGGAGGCACUCUGGUGGUGUGCCCCGCCACGCUCGUCCAGCAGUGGGCUGCCGAGGUGGGCAAACACUGCAAAUCCCACGCGCUGUCCGUGUGCCUGCACCACGGCGCCUCGCGAGCUACGCAGCCGCACCGACUGGCCGCCAACGACAUUGUCAUCACCACGUAUAACAUUCUGCAGAGAGAAAGUGAAAAGAAAGGCGUGCUAACGCGCGUCCGCUGGCGCCGCGUGAUCCUGGACGAGGCGCACGUGGUGCGCAACCACAAGUCGGCCACGUCGCAGGGCGUGUGCGCGCUGCCCGGCCGCCGCCGCUGGGCGCUGACCGGCACGCCGCUGCACAACAAGGACCUGGACAUGUUCGCGCUGCUCAAGUUCCUGCGCUGCACGCCUUUCGACGAGCUCACCAUGUGGAAGAAGUGGAUCGACAACAAGAGUCUGGGCGGCUCGCAGCGGCUCAACACCAUCAUGAGCUGCGUGAUGCUGCGCCGCACCAAGCUGCAGCUGCAGGAGCGCGGCCAGCUCAAGUGUCUGCCCGACCGCAGCUCGCAGGAGAUCCUGGUCACGCUCACGCAGGAAGAGAUGAACGUCUACCAGAAGGUGCUGGUAUUCUCGAAGACGCUGUUCGCACAGUUUCUCCACCAGCGCGCGCAGAAGCAGUCCGGCCUGCAGAGCGUGGUGGCGCCCAACAAAAACAGCGAGUACGCUAAAAUGCAUAAGAAGAUGAUCGCUUUACAAGGUGCUAAACCGGUGAAGUCCCACGAGAUCCUGGUGCUGCUGCUGCGGCUGCGGCAGGUGUGCUGCCACUGCGGCCUCAUCGCCGCCAUGCUGGACCACGACAACAGCACCGAGCUGGCGGAGGACGCCGGCAGCGAGGAUCUGCUCGCCGAGCUGAACAAGCUCACGCUGGAGGACAACAACGCCAAGAGACGAAGCACGGGUAGACAUGAUGACGAGAACGAGGCCGAGCCCGGCGAAGGGACGACGGCGGCCGAGGCCAUCAAGUCCGUCCUCUCGUCCAACAACCCCGUGUUCAGCCUACAGAGACAGUCGUCCAAGAUCAAAGCUGUCAUGGAGUGCCUUCAAAAUAACGUUUUUAGUAAAAAAGGAGAGAAAGCUGUAGUGGUAUCCCAGUGGACAUCGGUGCUGGGGCUCGUGGAACGCGAGCUGAAAGCGGCCCGCAUCGGCUGCGUCACGCUACGCGGGGACGUGCCCGUCACCGCGCGCGCCUCGCUCAUCACUGCGCUCAACAACCCCAGCUCGGACGUGCGGGUAAUGCUGUUGUCCCUGUGCGCGGGCGGCGUGGGGCUGAACCUGUGCGGCGCCAACCACCUGCUGCUGCUGGACCCGCACUGGAACCCUCAGCUGGAGGAGCAGGCGCAGGACCGCAUCUACCGCUUGGGACAGCUCAAGCUUGUCAACAUCUACAGGUUCGUGUGCGUGGACACAGUGGAGCAGUCCAUCAGGCAGCUGCAGAAGGCCAAGCUGGAAUUGGCCGAGAACGUGCUGACCGGUGCCAAGAACACCGGCUCCAACGUCUCCAUCGAGGACCUCAAGUUGCUCUUCAACAUGGGGCCGCAGAACAACUCUUGAACAACCUUCCUACUUAACUUGGCUGUGCUUAAACUUAUAUGUGGAGCGGCGAAAUCGAAAAUGUUGUUCUCUCAUUUUAUGAGAUGAAAGAGAGAGUUUUUCUCUUUAUUUUUGAGAUGGGAGUUGAAAAAGAGAGCGAAGUUUUUCUCUUUUUUUUUUGAGAGCAACAUUUUCGAUUUGCCACUAUUGGUCGACAAUAUGUCUUUCUCUCGACGCGAGCUAUGUUGCACCAUAGACCUACUGGAAGUCAUACAUUCGCAAUUACUUGUAAUUUUACUGUACAGUGCACACUCAUCUCCAACAACUACUUGCGCGACUUGAAUUGUACAUAAUGAUAUGGUAUGAGCUCAGACCAAUUAUUGUAUAGGACCUGCCUCGCUAGAUGUUACUUUUCUGUGAAAAUAUAUGAUCAACGAUCUAAUGCGAUUAUAAAAACUGUCUCUAUUUAAUCGGUGUUAAAUAGUUGUAAUCGUGUUCAUGUGAGCUCCGUAAAAUACCUUUUUGUGUAAUUGAAUUGUGUAAAAAUCGGACAAAAACCUUUAGUUUAGUACAAGAUAUAUACCAAAUCUAAGCUCGUUUUCCUCAGAAAAUGACAGACAAUUUUGUUCGUGACUAUGAGUGCGAUACAGGUCCUUCUAUAAUUGGUCUGAGGGUAUGAGUGAUUAUUACUGAUUAUGUUUUCAGCCUGUGCUAGCUAGACCUACGUGAUUUUAUAAAAGCUGAGAGUUUGUCAGCCCUUGCUCCUACCAUAGAUAGAUAAAUAUAGAGUUUGGACCAUAGUAGGAGAAAGUAAGUUUCAAUGGGUUCAUACAUUUAACUUUGGGGAUCUUGUUAGAGAAAGAGUAGGUACACCCGAAAUAGAAAAAUGUUUAUACUUUUUAGAGACAAUAAGCUGCUACAACUAACUUAUUCCCGUUUAGUUGAGUAAGACGAUGGUUUAUUUUUUUGUUUUAUGUUUAUUUUAUAAAAUGUAGUAGGUAGGUCUGACCAUAUCAUGCUCUACUCCACUACAUGAUGAUAGAUAUUAGGUUUACUUAUUAAAAAAAAUUAAGAAAAACAUAUCAUAGAUAACAGAAUAAAAUAUAUUGAAUAGCUUGGCAAACUCGUUGGUAACAUUCCCGAUGCCCCGCGCGCACGAUGUCAUACCCGCGCAGUCCCCCUUUUGCCCCGAGCGUACGACUUCACACCUUCCUUCCCCCGUCGCCCGCAUAUCAUGUGAGUGUUAUUAACGAACUUUCCAAGCCCAGCCAUAUUUAAGUCCCAGUGAAAUUUAAAUGAUAUUUCCCAUAUAUUUUAUUAUUGUAUAAUAUGAUAUUUCCCAUUAUAUGUUAUUGAAAAAUGAAAAACAGGUAUCUAUGUACGAUAUAGGUUCAUUCAUAUUUCGACUAACAUUUCUUUCUCUCUGUUUUUUUCUUUUUGUCUUCCUUGAAUAGUAAUUUCAGGGUUGUCGUGUUCCACAAUUACAACUAACUACAACUUUCUUGUACUAUGUAUUACUAAAAAAAAUAUUAUUUUAUUUUCAAUUUAUUCUUAUAUUCUAUUGUAUGGUAAAAAAUUAAUACAUUUUUAUGAUAAUGAAAAAAAUAUUAUAAGAUUUUAAUAAAUAAUUAUUUGGUUACUAAAA